AUGUCUUCCCGAAAACCAAAGGUUCAAAUUCUACUUUCUGUCGAUUUCGAUGCCGUCUCGGGUUUUCUAGGGACCGGUGCUUCGGCUACAACCAAUCUGGCCGAUUAUAGCAGUGGCUUUUUCGCAGCUCAAGUCGGAGUGCCACGCUUAUUACGCCUUUUCAAGAAACAUGGAAUCAGUUCCUCGGUGACUUGGUUUGUGCCGGGUCAUUCAAUGGAAUCAUUUCCAGAAGAGACCAAAGCAAUUGUGGACUCGGGCGCCGAAAUCGGUUGCCAUGGAUAUGCGCACGAGGGCUCCAGUCAAAUGACUGAAUCGCAGGAGAGAGAGGUCAUUGCCAAAUGUGUGCAACUGGCAACCGACUUGACCGGGAAGAAACCCCAAGGAUGGCGGGCGCCGUUAUAUCAGUUACGAACACACACUAUUCAAGUCCUAGAAGAGUUUGGCUUUUUAUACGAUUCCUCUCUCACGCAUCAUGAUUCGUCCUUGUAUUUUGUUCCUCGGAUGUCAGAGCCCAAGGCCAUUGACUUUUCUCCUUCCAAGUCUGCUUCAACCUGGAUGAAGCCCCUCCCUGCCCCUGCAGCCAGGACUCCCCAGACACUGGUUGAAAUCCCAUGCAAUUGGUAUAUGGAGGACAUGACCCCCUUGCAAUUUUUGCCCGGGGUGGAAAACUCACAAGGAUUCAUCAGUCCGGCCACAAUUGAGCAAAAUUGGAAGUCUCGAUUCGACUUUCUCUACUGGGAGGCCCUCGAAAAAUCAAUUGAGGAAGAUGCUGAACAAGGCUUUGUUUUCCCUUUGGUCCUGCACCCAGAUACUAGUGGAAUGGCCCAUGUGAUUGGGAUGAUUGACCGAAUGAUUUCGUGGCUCAAACAACGAGAAGUUGAAUUUGUGACAUUUGGCGAGUGUGCGGUCGAGUGGAAAAAGAAUCAUGCUUAA